UACCGAAUUAACUUCGGUUCCAUUUCUCUCGCUCGUUGAAAGGUUCUGAUCUCUUCGAGCGGCGGCUUACCUCGGUCGGAAAAUGAGUCGUGGCAGCGGAGGGUCGACGGCCGCAGCCGGGAAGGGCGGGAAGAAGAAAGGUUCCACCUUCGUCAUCGACUGCGCUAAGCCGGUGGAUGACAAGAUAAUGGACAUCGCCUCCCUGGAGAAGUUCCUCCAGGAGCGCAUCAAGGUGAACGGAGGUAAGGCCGGCGCCCUUGGUGACGCCGUCACCGUCACCCGUGACAAGAGCAAGAUCACCGUCACCUCCGAAGGGCCCUUCUCCAAGCGAUACUUGAAGUACCUAACAAAGAAGUUUUUGAAGAAACACAAUGUGCGCGAUUGGCUGCGAGUGAUUGCUUCAAACAAGGACCGCAAUGUUUACGAACUGCGGUACUUUAACAUUGCAGAGAACGAAGGCGAGGACGAAGAUUAAUCUGCCAUGUUAUCUUUCCUCAAGUUUAGAAGAUUUUUUGUUUGCUACUGUUUGUUUAUGCUUAAACUUGAGUAAGCUUAUCUUUGAAUGAAUGCUUAGUAUUUCAAUUUGACUCAUCUCAAUGUGUGAGCUUGUUGUUUAGAUAAAAAAAAUAUUCUUCGAUA